CAUACACAUUCACAAUGCCACCUCGACUGCCAUGCACCGCUCCUCGUAUUUUCCGCCCGUCCCUUCGCCGCAUUCCCUGUCGCACCCUCAUUGCCGCUCCAAAAGAAGGCUCCGGGCCCCUCCUAACGCGGCGCCCCGACCGCGAACUCCCGAACAUUCCCUCACGCUGGCGUCACCUGCGCACCGUCCCCAUCUUCCUACUUGUCCUGGGAGCCUCUGCCGCCGGAAUCUUCAAUUACCAAAAAUCCUCCUCCUCGGUGGUGUCCAGCACACUAUACGCGUUACGAAUGAGCGAUGAAGCGCGGAAUAUUCUGGGCGACGAGAUAUAUUUCGCCAACAAGGUGCCGUGGAUCUGGGGCACGAUUAAUCAGGUGCAAGGACGGAUCGAUAUUAGUUAUAGGGUGAAGGGGACAAGGAGGAGUGGCAUGAUGCGCUUUGUGAGUGCGAGGAGGGAAAGGAUGGGGUUUUUUGAGACGAGCGAGUGGAGUCUGACGCUAGAUGAUGGAACAGUGGUGCAGUUGUUGAUGGAAGAUGGGCCAGAUCCGAGCGCGCACACUGACGAUGAGGAGUGGGAGGAGCAAUGAAUGGCGAAACAGAUUUGAAGCAAGAGGUUAUUUCUAUCUUAAAGAAAUAAGAAGAAUAUAAACAGAGAAACGAGGGGUACCAAUGAUCUCUUCCUAUAAGACCGCCACAAACGCGCGUUGCGGCGCACCAGAGUCGGAUAUACAGCUGAGACGGCCGUGGGAAACGGCGCAUUGGUGUAUAUUAAUUACAGUGCAUAUAUGCUUCGUAUUGUAAGAUACAACAUUAAGCUGUGCAUAUAGCUUUCCGAGAAGCCAUUGACUUCUCUCACACAUAUACUUGCAUUCUUUAAAAA